AUGUCGCUGUGGCCGCGGUGGGGCCGCGGCGCGGAGCGCAGGGCGGCCGAGCGGCGGGAGCUGGAGGCGCGCAGCCGGCAGCAGUGGGAGAACACCAGCCGCGCCUUCGCCCGCGCCGCCGCCUGCUGCUCCCUGCAGGCGCGGUGGAGCGAGCCCCGCGUCCCCCCGCCCAGCGCGGAGGCGGCGCGGCGGGACGCGGAGGAGGCGGCGGCGCGGCUGCAGCGGCGGCGGGAGCGGCUGGAGCGGCUGCUGGGAGAGGAGGAGGCGGCGCUGGCGGCGGAGCUGCGGGAGCUGCGGCGGGGCGGGAUGCGGAGCCAGGAGCUGCGGGACGGCCCCGGAGAGUGCGGGAGGAAGUUUGCUGAGCCGCUGCUGCACGAGCGCUGGAACAAAAACAACGCCAUCCGAGAGGCAGAGUCAGAGCUGCACAGGAAGCACGUGAGAGAGGCUUGGGGUGAUCAGCUAACACAACAAAACAAGGAAGAGGUGACCAAACUCGAAGAGAAGAGUCACGAAACGGCACGAGGGGAAGCGCUGGAAAGAACGAGACAAGAGGAAGAAAAGGGUCAGCUGGAGAAACAGCAAGCAGAGACAUUGCUUCAGCAGAUAGAAGAACUGAAAUUGCAGGAGACAAAGGCAACAAAGCUGAAAAAGGAACAAGAGAAUUUAUUAAAGCAGCAGUGGGAGCUGGAGAAUUUGGAAGAAGAAAGGAAACAACUGGAAGAUCACUGGAGGAAGAAAGAGCUUGGUCGCUUUUUGAAGCAUCAAUGUGACGUCCAGUUAAGGAGACGAGCACAGCAGAUACAGGAGGAGCUGGAGGCAGACAGGCAAAUCUUAUCAGCCCUCCUGGAGAAAGAAGAUGAGGAUCAGCGCGGGCAGAUCGCGCGGCGGGAAUGGGCGGUGGCAGACGUGGCCUGGAUGAAGAGGGUCAUCGAGGAACAGCUCCAGCUGGAAAAGGAGAGGGAAGCAGAGCUCGAGACUAUCUUCAGGGAAGAAGCAAAAAAAAUAUGGGAGAAGAGGGAAGAAGAAUGGGAAAGAGAGAAGGUGGCCAGAGAUCGCCUGAUGAGUGAGGUCCUUGCAGGCAGACAGCGCCAGAUCCAAGAGAAGAUGGAGUUAAACAGACGGGCCCAAGAAGAGUCCAUUAAGUAUCGAGAGCAGCUCAUCAGAGAACUCGAGAAGGCAAAGGAAAGGACUCGUUUGGAGAAGGAGCAGGAGGAGGAACAGCAGAGAGCCCACAGGAGGGAGCUACAGGCACAGGUAGGCUGAGCUCCCCAGUACACACCUGGCUGCUGAGGCUGCCCCAUCUCACCUGAUUUCCACUGAACAGGGAACAGAGCACAGCUGGAGAGAGGAGGAGGAACAGGAGGGAUGGGCCCAGCAGCACCUCGAGGAGCUGGAGCUGCAGGAGGGUGAGCAGGGCUAGCACAGCAGGUUCUACAGUUACCCAAGAGCAGCUUGGACCUGAGGAAUGAACACGAGAUGCAGCUCCAGACUACAGAAAGAAAACUCUGAGGACUCAAGGAACUCCUGAAAUAAUGGUGCUUCUGGAAUAGCAUACAGUGAGAUCAAGACUUGACUCAGUAGAUUUCUGACAACAUUUAGUUGUGGCCAAGCUGAAGAGGAGAAAAGUUUUACUGCCUUCAGGAAUGUGGAUGUGUGAGCACCUUCAGAGAAGUGAACUGCUUCACUUUGCAUUCUGGAACUGUGCUCAUGUAUUUCAGUACAUGAGAGGCUGAAGCAACCCAGCAAAUAAAAGGGCCCUGUGGACCUGAGCCACAAAAGAAUCUGUGUCUCCCCAGGAACAGGAGCCCACCUUGGAGAAUCAGGCUGUGCCUGUGUUCCCACUGGACUCUGAGGAGUUAAUUCAUAAUGCACAUUGCAAAUCAGUCAUGUGUGCUGUGGCAGCAGUGCUUGUCCAGUUUCUCUCCAGAAGGUGCUGGAGACUUCAUUAAAUGUUGUUUUUCACUUGUUUCAUAAAUAAUG